AUGCUAGAUACCAGAGAAGGCGACUGGGCAGUGUAUCGUUUAGUCAUUGCUCAACGUUGGAUAUGCAGCGCACCAAGAUUGUUAAGGGAGCUGAUGGCGCCCUUGGGCGUCGCUUUGGCCAGAUCCUGGAGAGGUGACGAGAGUACUCAGUUGUAUAACGAAGAGUUCUGCCAUCCUCCCAUCCCAACUGUUUCCAACGUCGAAGGUCGUGUUUUGCCAGUUAAUGCAGUCGAAGUCAGUGCUGCGCAAAAACUAAGUCGAACAAGGCAACCGGUCAUAAUCACAUACCUACUGAUGUCUGGAAAGCUGCUAAGUGAUCGCAACUCUAUUUAA